AGCAAAUAAUGUGCAAUCUUUGUUUUCUGUUAGUGACAUUUCAACCAUGUUUGACACUUUAACAUCAAAGAUUCAAUCAGAUAUUCCAGAUGGUAAUAGAGAUUUACAGACCUACAAUGAACCAGCUGUAGAAUUAACAGUUGACAAAAUGGUCUCAACACAACUCCAGACUGGUAUUCAUGAUGUACCUGUAGAGUACCAUAAAAGAGAAAGCACCAAUCAGGAUGAGAGCAUUAAUGAACCUCACCCUAGUAUAUCAAGUCAAAAAAUUACUCCUAUACAUCAUGAAACGCCGUCAGUAGCAGAGCAGAUAGAGGACAUACAAUCAGCCAUCAGUACUUUGAAACCUGAGCUUGAAUCACUUCAGUCAGAGCCUUCAGGUAUCAGUAAUUACAUGUCAGGCCAUACACAAUCAAAGGCGUCACAAGCUGACGAGCUUUCUCAGAAAGGAGGCAUAUCUAAUACCGAUAAUGGGAAAUCUGAAAAUUUACCAACUGAAGAGCAAAUAAAAGAAAAAUAUAACACAGAUAUUUCUGACAGCCUUAACAGUAGUACAGAUCUUUCAUACCAUUCUCCUGGCCAAAUCAACUUAAAUUCUUUUAAUAAUACUCUAGAUUUACAAGGUAAAAUUAUUGCUGAUCAUCCUGUGGUUGCAGAAAAAACACUGGAUGAGGUUCUCAAAGUUGAUAUUGUCAAGGAGGAAGAAGAGUCCUUACGUCCUGAAACACAUUACCACAGCAGGGAGGAUGCUCAGUACCCUAGAGCAGAUUACGGUGAACAAGAGUCAACUGUGAACAGCAGGAAGACAUUAGAGUCAGGUGGUGGAGUAGAGUCAGCUGUAAUAGACAGUGAAGAUAAAUCAACAAUAUUUCAAAACAGAAAUGAAUCAUCACUCAGUGACAGAGGGGAGCAUUCAUCUGUGACUGACACUGAUGGUGGGUCAUAUGUGACUGACAGUGAGAAGGGAUUAGCCUUUACUGACAGUGGGAAGAGAUCACUUAUGACUGACAGUGAAGACAAGUCAGCUAUGACUGAAAAAGAAGACCAGUCAAAUGUUAGUCGCAAUGAGGAGGGCAUGGAAGAGUUAAUCAUGGCUGACACUGGGAAAGGAUCAUCUAUUAUUUCUAACAGUGACAAGUCAACUGUGAAUGAAAGAAGGGACUGGUCAAUAGUGGUUGAAAAAGGAGAAGUUUCACCUGUGGUAAACAGUGAGGAGGAAUUAAAAUUAACUGAAAUUGGGGAAGGGUCAUCAGUGAUGUUAAGUGAGAAAAAGUCACUUGAGUCAGCUCACAUUGAAAGUGAGGAGGGAUUAAUUGUGUCUAAGAGUAAGGAGGGCUCCGUUGAUAUUGAUGUUGACAAUAUAGAUAUGACUGCCACAGCUGAUGUUUCUGUAGAGGAGGUAGUCUUAGAAACAUCUGAAAUUAACAAGGUAAAUGUUUGGGGUCCUCACUUAAUGUCUUCUACCAGAGAGGAAGAAAACCAAAUUAGCUCAAGUUUGGUUAAUGAAGGAAAAGAAUACCAGGGCAGUGUCAGCGGUAAAGAUGAAAAGGAAUGUAUUGAAACUCUUGAUGCAGACACAGUUUUUUCAGAAGAAAUGUUACAUAAAGUUGAUGAUUUAUCUGUAAAAUCAGUCAACACUGAUGGAGAUGAAAAUAAAUUGUCACACCAAGUUAUUUUCUCUGAACAAAUAGAAACAGGGCAACAAUUUGUAAAAAGUGAAGAUACAAGAAUCUGGUACAAAACUUUAAUUGAUGAGCAAACAGAUGCGAUUGAUGACAAGAAGGGAAAGGAGGGUCAAGUUCUUCCUCAGAGUUCCACAGAAAAGAGUCUGGGGAAUUCAGAUAAUAGGAUACCACAUGUUAGAACACUUGACUCCCAUUCUGGUCUUCUCCAAACAAAAUCAGACUACACACCUGAAGCAACUGCAGGUGGAACAUACAAAAAAACUUUAAUAGAGACAGAGGAAGCUGCAACAGAAAUACAUCCAGAGAGUAUCAUCAGUUUUUCAGUUGGCAAUUCAAAACUAGAAAAACCUCAAAUGGCCACCGAGGACUUCAGUGAAGUUAAUCAGUUCCAGGAUGAAAUUAGUACCUCUGAUGAAAGUAUGGCAAUAACUUGUGGUUCUUUGUCAAUAUGCAGUCAAUGUGCCAAUCAAAAGGAGACAUGUGCUGAGAAUGUUAAUGCUGGGAGUGUUUACACAAAAACUGCUGAGCAAGAGGAAGCAGCAGAUGUCCCUACAAUUACAUCAGAUAUAAGUCAGGGUGAAGCAUUUGCAGAGGAAACAAAUGAAAUGCUGAUGGAGGAAGCCAAGUUUGUCAAAGGAAGUUCUUAUUCAGAAAGCAAGCCGCUUUCAAGUAGUGGUAAACAUUCUGAAACAUACAGAAUGCAAAGUGACAAAACUGACACAAUGAACCAGCAGAAAUCAAGUGAAGCACAGACCGAAUUGCAAAGAACAGAAAAAGAACAAUUAGUUUUAGAAGUAACACACGGAGAGAAGCUACCUUUGCAUCAAGAGUUAGACGGAAGCAAUGAAUACAGUGAUCAUAAGGUGAUUUCCAAUAUAGAUGCAGAUUUCACUUCAACUUCCAGCAGCAAACCUCGUGAAGAACAAUCCACAACAACAGACAAAAGUAAUGUAGAAAAUUCGGAGGACAUUUUUCUUGAAGGCUCCAUUGAUGCUUUCAGCAAUGGGACCAUUAGUGAAGAGCAUACCGCAAAUGAACCCACAGAAGAGAUCACGGAAACAUCACAACAAAAGAAAUACGCAGAAACAGCUCAAGAGCACAUAUUUCCUGAAUCACAGUCUCAUAGGAUCCCCGAUUCUCCGAAGGAUACGUUUAAAUCUGCAAAUAUUCUAAGAGAAUAUAAAAAUAUUCAACAACACAUGACUGAGGAGGAUCUUCUUCAAGUGUUGGACAUAUUAGGGAGGCACAAACUUCUGUGGCUUGACUAUCACCUGGGCAACCCUGAGGAUGAGGGAAUAGUUGAAAGCUUUAACGAUGACCUCCCUAUUUUAUCCGAUUUUGAACGGAUGCUGCAGUAUCACAUUGAAAUGACUGUUACUUCAAAAGGCAGUCAAGAUGAUGAUGUGAAGGCUCAAGUUAAAAACAUCCCACUAGAAAAACUAAAGACUCUCUUAUCUACCAUAAAAAGUAGAUUCUCUCCAGAAAGGCCAGCUGUCAAUAUAAAUUCUAAUCAAGCAGGUACAGACAGACCAGAAUACCUACAUGCGUCCAUCUCUAACGGUGAGAAAGACAGGGAUGCUCGGGAGGGAGAUAUAGCAGCUGGGAUAAACAGACUUUCUGAAGAUGAGGAGCUCCACACCACAGGCCAGAGCAGUGCUGGAUUUCAUCAGAGCCCUGUGUCCACUUACAAGACAGGUGUGACUGACGUUAUUGCCCUCUGCGUGACUUUUGCCGGACAAGUUGCUGUGCAAUGCAAGGACCGUAUUCAGUCCAGUUUCUCCCUUUUGGAAGAGGUGGUUUCCUCUCUGCCCAGUGACAUGACCCCCGGGCCUGACCUCCUUGGCCUGCCCUGGGAAGCAGUGAUCCCUGCUGUCUUAGUGGGAAUAAUCACCUUACUGCUCUUCACCUGCAGAUCCUACCAGUCUAUAAAGAGCAGGCUGUAUGUUGGUAAAGAAAGAAAGAUGGGGCAGAAGGUGGCUGAACUCCUUGAAGAAAAGUGUAAAGUGCUUGAAACUCUGAGUCAGUGCCAACACAAGUAUGAAGAGCUCGAAGAAGCCUUGCAGAACGGAGGAAUUUCGGCACAUGCCUCUGAAAGAGAGGACCUGGAGAUAAUGUCUAGGAAGCUUGAGGAAUCAAAUUCUCAACUAAAUAAAGAGCUAGAACAGCUGAAACAGGACUUGAAAGCCCAGACAUCCAUGCGUUCACAGCAAGAGGAAGUGUUGGCUGGCAUGCAGGAAACGCUGAAAUCCCUGGAAGAAGAAUCAAAAGGCUUAAAGUCGAAGAUUGAGCAGGCGCAGAUAACUGUGAAAAUUCAUAACAUCAGCAGUGAAAAGCUGCAGACUAACUUGCAAGUAGCAAAGGAGGAGAAUGCCCAGUUGUUGGAGAGCAAGGCCCAGCUUGUGCAGGAAGCUGAAGGCUGGGCAGAGCGUCUGAGUGAGCUGGAGGAGGAGAUGAAGAUGUGUGAGAGCUCCCACAAGGCCAUGCUGGAGGAUUGCAGUAACAAGGACCAGCACAUCAAGUCUCUUACAGACUGCUUGCUGAAGAUGAGGGACUGGGACUCUGAAGAGGAGGAUCAGGCCAUUGAGGAAGAGCAAGAGGGUACCUCUGUUGGUGCAGGAGACAACAGGGAUGGUCCAGAUGUGCAUCAGAAGCAGAAAGUACAGAAGCUUAUUUAUGCAGCAAAGAUGAGUGCUGAUCUGAAGUCUCUGGAGGAGGAGAAAAACAGGCUGUUCGCCAGGCUUGCUGAUGAAGUCAAAGCCAAGGAGGACCUCCGCGAGGGGAUUGAGCGACUCCAUAAUGAGAAGGAGACUCUACAAGCGGAAAGUGCAACAUAUACCAGUGAGACACAGAAGCUCCAGCAGAAGUUGCAGAUCAUGACCGAGAUGUACCAGGAGAACGAACUCAAACUGCACAGUAUGUUGACUGUAGAGGAGAGGGAACGGCUACAGAAGGAGGAGAAGCUGAAUAAAGCUGACAAGAAGAUCUCCCAGGCUGCUGAGGAGCUGAACACCUAUAGACAGAGGGCCCAGGAACUUGAGGAAGAGCUGGAGAAGACUAACCAGGCUUACAAAAAUCAGAUUGCAGCCCAUGAAAAGAAGGCUCAUGACAACUGGUUGGCUGCACGGGCUGCUGAUCGAGACCUUGCAGACAUGAAGCGGGAGAACGCACUUCUCAGGCAGAAGCUGACAGACUCCCAGUUCAAACUGGAGAUGGUGGAGAAAGAUCCCUUCAGUGGAAGACCCCCCUUUAGAGGUGAAAGAUCCCCAUUUGGACACUCUCCCCUUGGACGACCCUCUUCCGAGACCAGAGCCUUCCUGUCACCACCCACCUUGAUGGAUGGCCCACCACGCUUGUCUCCCCAGUUUCCUCUGGGACAUGGCGGUCGAGUGUCGCGUGGCCCUCCGAGCCUGCCUGACCACCCUGUCGCGAGUGAAGGCGAGGGCCAUGGCCCUCACUCCGACAGCGGCUCAGUGUCCCCCACCUGGGAGAGGGACCGCAGGGGCCCUGUGCCCCCUCCAGGGUACCCGUAUCCAGAUCCAGGCUUUCACUACCGUCGACCUCCGCCUGGUGCCAUGCCCUUAGGUCCCUUGCCACCCAGGGGUCCCGGUCCAGCUGAGGUCCACGUUUUCAGCACACGUCCCAUGGACAGAUCCGCAGACGCAUCGCUUCUGAGCAGCCAUUCCGAUGGCCUGGGUCUAAAUGAGAACAGGAAUAGCUUUUUGUCUGCACCUGGAGACCCAAGGAUCCCCGCAGAGGCAGACAUCCAAAAGGACCCUGGUAUGGGGAUCCCCACGAUGGGCCCCCCGCCUCUUCUAGACCCCAGACAGCAAUUACCCCGGAGGGGUCUCUACGGACCGCCAGAUUUUUUCCCUCCUCGAGGACCUCCAAUGGGCAUGCGUGGGCCACCUCCACCUGGAAUUUUCCCCAGAUUCCCUCCUCCACCCCCCCAGCACAUGGGCUACCCUCCUAUAAGACCCCUUCCUGACAGUCUGUCCGGACCCCCUCGCAGACCAUCCCCUCCAGGCAGCGAACAGCCUCCUGAGCAAGUCCCCUCACAAGAAAUAAUCUGAGUUGGGACAUUACCUCCUGUGUGUCACUUUGUUACUCGUGGUAGGAGACAGACCCUUCACUGAGUUUUGAUUGGCAUAUACGACAUGAAAUGUCUCCUAACUUAUUGAAGUGCUUCUAUAAUGUUGAGGGGUAGUCAUCCUUGAUGGUGGUGUGUUGUAGUUGCUGAGCAAGUUAAUAUAACCUGUUGCUCAGCCUCUCUCCUAGUCACUGCUUUUACCACAUUGAAGUGUCUAACUGAUGUAUUUUCCCCUCACUCAGCCUGGAGUACACCCAUGUGGAAGCCUUAGGGUGGAGUUUCAUGAGACAGUCUAAGUUGUGUGUGUUCUCUCCACCACUCAGUGUAGAAGACCAGGUUUGAAUAGCUCUUGCUUCUAUCAGGAGAGUGCAAGCUGCCUUUUUUUGAGUGAGACUUUUUAAUUUAAGAACUUUUAAUAG